GUAAACGCCAUGAAAACCCAUUCUGGCAGUGUCUCAUCCGUCUCAUUCUCUCCGAAUGGCGCGCAAAUCGCCUCGGGAUCCGGGGACCAUAGCAUCCGAAUCUGGAACGCGGACACCGGAAAGGAAAUCUGUGAGCCUUUGCGGGGACACAGGGGCGACAUCCAGUUGGUGACGUUCUCGCCCGAUGGGAAACGUCUUGCCUCGGGCUCAUCAUAUGACAACGGUAUUGUCCGAUUGUGGGACGUAAUGACAGGGCAGCAGAUCGGGCAGCCGCUCCGAGGACAUGCGCACUGGGUUAUGUGUGUCGCAUUCUCACCCGACGGCAACCGCAUCGUCUCGGGCUCAUGGGACGAGACGCUCCUACUCUGGGACGCGCAGACGGGACAGGCCAUCGGCGAGCCUUUACGGGGCCAUUCUGGCUAUGUUUGUACCGCUGCUUUUUCACCAGAUGGGAAGCACAUCGCCUCUGGAUCCAGCGACAACACGGUCCGAAUCUGGGACGCCGAGACAGGCAAGCCAGUCGGGGACCCGCUGCGAGGCCACGAUAGCGUAGUCAAAGCAGUCGCAUAUCGCCCCGACGGUGCGCGCAUCAUCUCGCAGUGUCAAUCCGGGACUAUCCGGAUCUGGGACCCUCAGACAAGACAGAUGGUGCUAGGGCCAUUGCGAUGGGACGAGCAUCCGGCCUACCCUAUAACAUUCUCGCCGGAUGGCCAGUACAUCGUCUCCGGCUCCUUAGACGGCACGAUCCGUAUACGGGUCGCGCAGACGGGACGGACCGUGGCGGGCCCUUGGGAAGCUGACAGUGGCUUCUGCGUCAACUCUGUUGCAUUUUCGCCCGAUAGCAAGCACGUCGUCUCGGGCGGCUAUGACGGAACGGUGAGAAUCUGGGAUGCGGAGAUGGAUUAG